AGGCUCUACAGCAUAACAUAGGGAGGGUCACAGACCACUCGCUUGGAUCUCCUGGGACAGCUGAGAGACCUGACCACUGAGGAUACAGACCUCCGAGGGCACCAUGAACACAGAGGGCUCCAGCCUCCCCAUCUCUCCAACAUUCCUUACGACUCCUGCCACUUCUGGGACUUACUCCCAGGCUGCCGACCCUGUACCGAUUCUCCUUGCCCUGGCCUGCAUUUUUCUACUACUGGCCUCUUGCCUGCUGUUCAUGAUGCUGUGCAAGCCAACUGCCCUGGACCCCGGCCGCCAAGGGGCCCGGGAAUGCAUGCCACAUCACCCAGUGAGCCCCAGUGAGCCCAGACUCCGGCUCUGGAAGCGCCUGGGCUCGCUGAGACGCUCUCUGCACAGCUUCCGACGAGGCAGGCCUACUAUCCAGCAGUGUCCUCUGCCAGGCCUUGAGGAUCACCGAGGUGACUGUGACUGGACUGAAGCCACCAAGAUGUGACAUGGUGCCCAUCCACACACAGGCUCACCCAAGACUAUCCUGCCUCUGAUGGACCCUGGCACCACAGGCCACAGGGCAGUGGUACGGACACUCUGAACUCCUCUGGACUCCUCCUCCUGAGGCACCCUAGUAUUUCCCUUUGUGUCUCCCAGGAGACUCUGAAGGCCCCUGCUUCUGCUUGUUAACAGACCUUUGGAUCAAAAGAUGAAUACCCAAAGGUCUCUACACAUGUGCUCUGGGGCUCUGAGGUAUAACUUAAGGGCACCGGAGCACCCAUUUUGGAAGCUAGGUAUCUACUAAUCCUAGGAAUAGCACCCUUUGGCCCGCCAGAAGCCUUGUUUAUUUUCUGAAGGUCCAGCUUAAACCAGCUGCUGAAACAUCCAGAUAACUCAACUAAGAGGGAUGUUGGCAUCCCUGCAUCUGGGCUAGCCAGGGAAAGGGACCCAGGCAUUUCUUCUUGACCUUUCUGUCCGUGCUUGUGGGUCUUGUUCAUUGCCAGCUAGGGCACUGGUAAGGGUCAAAUCAUGAGCACCCUUUAGUGGCACCUGUCAGGACAGCUUGGGAAGACCUGAGGAUGGAUCGAGAUGCUUCCUGUACGCUGAGUGUGGAAGUUCACACUUGUAAUCCCAGCAUGCAACGGGCCGAGGUAGGAGGAUUGUCUGAGGCAGCCUGAGCUGAGCAUGGAAUCACAAUUCAAAUAAAAUCACAAUAAAUCA